UCUACAUGCCACAACUGCAUCAGUAGGUUAAGUUUUAAUUAAACAUUAUUUUGCGAUAUUAAUUUUCUACUAUUUUUCUAAAGUCACGGAAAUACGACUUUGUCGAUAUUCUUCGAAAGAAAAUUAUAAAAAAUACGCUUCUAAAAGAGCUUGGAGCACUGCUGAAAUCUGUACAAUCAAUCCAAGACAUGUUUUCUGCGGCAGCAAGGAUAUACCGGGUCCCCAUUUUGGUAAAGUUCAAAUAUCAUCACAUUAGUUGUUAAUAAAAAACUAACUAUAAAUAAUUACAUAUCCGUCUAGUACGGUCUAGGCCAAGUGGAAGUUAUCUCUACAAUUUAGCCCAUUAAAAUAAAAUUAAAAAUAAACUUAAUAAAUUAAUAAAAAGUGCCUUAGACUUAGACGUAGCCUUUUCGGGGUGUAUGUGCCAAAAAGACGGAGGCCUUUUUACGAGCUCGCCACUCGCAUUGGAAAAAAAUUUAUAAAAAAUAAACUAUUCCCUUAAUAAUAUAUGUAAAACUAUAUAUAUUCUUGUAGGAAAUUGAAUGAACUAAUACAAUCAUUAUGAAUUAAACUGAAAUAUCAAAAUUUAUGCAAAUGAGCUACCCUAAUUUGCAUAAUUUAUGCACGUAAUAUGUAAUUUUUUGUUACACCUAGAUUAAACAUGACUUACUUGUAUCAAUUGUGUGAAUUUUUUGAUGGAUGAAGUCUGAAUAAGUCCUAACACUUAUGUUUUUGGAAGAAAAGGCCCAUGGAAGCUCUUCAGAUACAUCUGGCACAUGGUUCUACUCCUUUUUCCACCCCCCCCCCCUAUUUUUCAGUUGUUACAGACACACUGUAACAGGCCCCGCCCCCAUUUAUGACCUAGGGACCUUCUCUUAAGCCUAAGCUGAAUGUUGCUGAGAAAGUUUUCUGCAUAUCUAUUGGUCUCUCUCAUAAACAUUUGAGUGAUAUUUAGUGUAAAAAAAUAGCAUAAAGUACUAAAAUGUGGUGCUUGUGCCUUACUUAUAGGACUUAUGUGGUCUGAAAAUUCAGAGGGGUCAUCUCUGUCCAUUUGAGGACCCCUAAUACUAGUAAUACUACACCAAAAGUUCACAACAUUAGCAUUACCCUCAAUUUGAAAGUCUUCAUUAAUUUCCUCUUUGUUUUCAUCAGUUUCAGUGUCAGAUUCACUGCUAGAAUAUCAAAAUCACUAAGCACAGUUUGAUCAGAGUCACUGUCAGACAUGUUCGAAUUUCACGAUGUAACUACACACCCAAAAAAAAAUUGCAUAAAUUGAGUUCACCUUGAACGAACGCUGCCAUUACAAUGCCGGGAUGUGCAGGAAUAUGUAAGAAUAAUUUUGAUUCGCUGGUACAAUGCCAAGCCAGCCAAUUGGUGAGGCUCGAUUUAUCGGGCCGAUAGUUCGGACUUACGUCUUUCUCGCUAGUCAACCUUGGGCGUUUUUAAUAGGUUUUUAAAGACUUUGGCUUAGUAAUUAGGGUAAUCUUGCUGUUCAGGUGUGUAUAUUAUUUCUGAUAGAAUUUCGUAUUAUCAUUUGUAAACUUAAGUGUAUUCUUCAUUAAAUUAAAUCCAGGCAGUGACAGUUAACUUAUACAAAUACUAAGAGUUACUGAACUGUACGACAGUACAGGGCUUAUUUUCGUUUUAUUUUAUUUCUAAAGCGUCAUUGAACAUUCCCCAACCUUCCAUAGCUCCAUUUGUUUUGUAUUUUUCACCCUUUUGCCAGAUUUGUGAUAACCUAUAAGUUGGUAUGCUAAACGAAAUUUUCAAAUUCUAGGCAUGUUCACAAAAAGAAUGAAAUACUGGGGGGGGGGGGGGGGGGGGGAGAGUCCAAGUACUUUCAUCGCAAAUACCACCGUGGCCAGUGGCGAGAUGGCCACUGAGUGUUUGGCGGCAUUGAACGCGGCACGGGUAAAUGCUUUCUCAUCGAAGUUCCGGACCGCACAGCUGCUACACUGGAGCCGUUGAGUCAACAAUAUAUCCUCCCGGGUACACAUAUCAUGUCUGAUGGCUGGGCGGCAUAUGCGCAGAUUGACCGCAUCGCCAAUGGCAUUUACAUGCACGAUGUUAUCGUCCAUCAACAGAACUUUGUUGAUCCUGCUGAUAACGAUGUUCACACCGAAAACGUGGAGAAUAUGUGGAUACGAGCGCAACGCAAACGUCGCCUUCAAUUUCGAAAUCACGUGAAUUGUUCCAGUCAUAUCUACACGAAUUUGUGUUCAGAAACAAGUUCAGCGAUCAGGAUAUGUUUGUGACAUUCUUAAAGAUCACCACGGAUCGUAAACCAGUUUGAAAUUAUGAUAACCUGUUUUUUAUUUACAUUCUCCAAUACGUCUGAUAUAAUAACUGUUUUAUUUACGUACUUCAAUAUUUCUGAUUUAAUAAAUGUUUUAUUUAGGCCUACAUUCUCUAACAGCAUGAUAUAUUUCUGAUUUCUGUUUUAUUUUUGCUAACUUUAAUGAAUAUAGUAAUAUAAUUUUAUAUAAAUUUAUUUUGUGAACAUGCUUUUAGUUUGAAAAGUUAAGCAUCAAUAAAUAAUUUUGGUAUAAUUUAAUAUAUAUUUAAUUUCUUGUUUAAUUUUUUGUAAAUAAGCCUUCAGUUGAUAAAUUGCAAUCUGGCAUGUAAGGUAAAGUUAAAAAAAAACAAGAAAAUAGAGAGAUCAUUUACGCUACUGGUUAUGUACCAAUGGGGGCUAUAAAGAUAAGAUAAGAUUCUUUUAAUUUUAAUGAUCCAAAUAAAUGGAAAUGUUUUUUGAUUGCAUUAUACAUUUUCAGCACAAAAAUAAAACAAUUUGAACGCAAGACAUUUAUAAUAAAUUAUUUCAAACAGCCAUUCAGUGAGUUCUCUUAGCAAAAUCAGGGACUUAUUAGUUCUCAUUCAGAUGCGUGACUUCAGAAGAAGCACGCCGGUAAAUUCAUACAGAUUGGGGAACAAAAGAAUUUUUAUAUCGAUCAGUUCUCGCCCUGAUGGAAAGAAUUUGUCCCGAACGACCCGAUCCUAAGUAUCUAGGAUGAAGAGGGUGGGAUGUAUCAUCCAAAAUGUGUUUAGUUUUGCAAAAACAUCUUUCUUCAAAUAGUUCUUCAAGUGUUCAAAUAGUUCUUCAAGUGAAGGAUGUUUAAUGUGUGUUAUGUUUCUAGCUUUCUUGAUUAGUCGGUUUAUGCAGUGUUUAAUAUCAGACCAGCAGAUAAUACUGAAAUUAAGCAGGCUUCCAAUAGUUUUACUGUAGAAUAAGUUAACGACUUGCUUGUUUACGCCAAAAUUGUACAGUUUUUUGAGGUAGAACAGUCUUUGGUUGAAUUUCUUAUACAGGAUUUGGCCGUGCUCAUGCCAUGUUAGCUUAUUAUUAAUGGUGACACCUAAGUACUUGUACGCCUCCACUUUCUCCAUAUUUUGAUUUUUUAUGUUGAUAUCUGUAAUCAGGUGAAGGGCUCAAGGGAAAAACCAGAGAUGUCAGGUUUUGAGAGUUUUGAGAAAAUUGAAUUUUAAGUUUGAAAAUUCCUAAAAAAGUAUGAAAAUAUCAAGAUGUCUACGUAUUUAUUUAUUGACAACGCUUCUUUUUCGGUUGGACCUAUGCAUCAUAUUAUUCUAUUAAAUGCAAUGUAGCCACAAGGGAGAUAAAAUAGAAAUUUUGAAAAACUGACAUCACUGGUUUUUCCCUUGAACCCUUCAGGUGUUUCAACAACCAUUUCUUUUGUUUUUGAGAUAUUCAACUGGAGAAAAUUUUUAUUGCACCAAUUGAUAAAGCUUGUUAUUAAGUUACGGUAUCCUUCAGAUAUUAAGCCAAAAGUCAAUAAAAAUAAAAGAUAGUGCUGUACAAUUUAGUGUUAGUGUUAACUAAUACUGUCUGGACUAAAUUUUAUAAAGAACACAUGUAAGUUUACAUGCCAUAAUACAAAAUUCGAUCAGAAAUAAUAUACACACCUGAACUGCAAGAUUACCGUAAUAAGUAGAGUUAGUUUGGUCAAUUCAUACAAUCUGUGCCAUGAUAUAUAUUAUUAUCAUUUAUUAUGACAUCAUUAUCAUUUCAUCAUGGCGUGGAUUGUCUGAAUUUACUGUUAGUUUAAAUAAGGUUUCCCCAACCUGUGGGGUAGCAUUUCAUGGGUGAGUGUGAGGAAAGGGGGUUUAAUUUAAGAACACAGGGGCUCUUUACUUUUAAUUAAAGUUCUAAGUGUUAAAGUAAAGCUAUAUAAAUUUUAUGGUGUCUAUGUGUGUUUUUUUUUUUUACAUUCCCUUAAAGUUUAUUGGCGAAUAGCAGCUUGGGUUUUGCAAAGUAUUUUCACAGUGAUGUCACUUUGGGAAUGCCAACACUGGACUUGGGGUGAAUGUGAACAGACUAAUAUUUGGACCUGAACGAUUAGUUUGAUAGCUUUCCUGUUAUUCACUGAACAUUAUUCAAAUCAUAAACUAAAUCUGAUGCUUGGUACAGUUAAUAUGAAAUUUAUUAGAAUGAAGAUUGCCAUUCGUUUUUAUCAAAAUUAAUUGAGUACAAGGUUCAACAGAAAUAAAAAUGCGGCUAUUUCACAGGAUAUUUCAAUGUAAAACAAUCGAUCAAUUUAAGACCCAAAACCUUAAAUGGUUAUAUUUUAAUUUUUUUUGCAUUACAAAUGCAUUAUAGUACAAAAUGAAGGUUAAAUCCUAUAUGUUCUGUGCAAAAUGUCCCUGGGCCUAAUAUUGGAUCAGUAAGCGAUAUAAACUUAGAAACUUAGCAAGGUUCUGCCAGUACCCAUGUAAUAUACCCAGUACCGGUAGCUAUUACUGGAAUCCUGACGAUAGUAGCUGCUUUUAAUUUUAGUAAUAAACCAUAAUUACAAAUCAGUUUAUGUAAUAAUCUUAGCACAAACUGCAUAGUCAGUAAUUAGUGUUCUUUUAAUUUGUAUUAAAUAAUUAAAUAUAUGGACACUUUAUGCAAUCAGCGCCUCUUCGAGUUUCUGUGAAGGAUGCUCUCCCUUUUGUUUAUUCUUGGAGUGUUACUAGAGUUAACUUUUCUUUUUUUUUAAAAUAUUAAUACGCCCCCUUAUUUAUUAUUUUACUCCAGCUGGAAACUUCCAUUUAAGUGGGUGAACAUAUAUUUUUUUUUAAAGAAAGUUGAAAUAAGACAUGUAUUGGGGGGAUUUUCUUACACUAAGUGAGUGGCUUGUCCAAUGUCCUGGUAUUAUAUAUGCUUUAUCAAUGGGAUCAUCUCAUACCUUAUGCAAAAAAAGAAAGAAAUUUAAUUGCUUGCUUCAAGCUUUUAUGAAAUAGAAUCACAUUUUAAAACAUAAUUGCACAAACAAAACUUUGAUGCAAUCAAGGAGUUUAUUACCUCAGUAGACAAUUAAAUCCUUCUUUUCUCAGCCCCAUCAACAUCAUGCAGAAAUUAUAUCAGAUAAAGUUAAAUGGGAUGCUUUCUUAUUUCCAAAAUUCAUUGCUCUUACAUGUAAAUAUAAUAUUUUACAUUGUAAAAUGAAAAAUUGCAAUUUUUGGGGGGUUUUCAAACUGAUCAAGAAAUUAUGAAGGAGGCUCAGUUAAAAGACAUGCAUUCAAAACAUUGUCAAUUUAAUGAAAACAUUAUAAAUUUUACUUUUUUGAGCUUUUGAUUUUUCUGUACAGUUUUUCAUGCUGAUGUGAAGUUUUUUUUAUGUACUUUUUGUACAGUUUUUUGAUCCCACAAGUUUACUUGUAAUUUUUAAUGACACACAUUUCCAUCACAAUUUAACUAUGGUGUAGACUUUGCUGGACAAAAUCACUAGGCCCGGGGUUUGUUUUCUUUAACACUUGAAGCUUUUUCCCUAGACAGCGAAUCGCCUCUCCGCACACCUGCUUAACCCAAAGGAGCACCAUAUAAAGAUGAUACAGCUUGGCACCAGUUGCCUCACAUUAGUUGUCAGAUUUUUUCAUUGUAUUUAUGUAUCCUCCUACGAGACUUCUUCUUUGAGUUUUGAUUCAGAAUUUCCUCCUCUUAGAUGAGUUGCCAUCCAAGGUUAAUGGGUCCCAUCCAUCAGGGUUGCUAGUGAUGUCUUUGCUUGACUUGGCCUUUAUUGGGGAUUGAACUCCAGACCACAAGUUUCUUUUUUUGACUCAGUGUACACCACUUGACCACCCAUGUAUAUUAGCAGACCUGUUUACUCUUACGAUUUUGGCGUACAAUGUACGAUUUUUAGAUGUCUUUUACGAUUGUACGCCAAGACCCGCCAAAACUACAAUUUUCAGAGACCCGGUGGAAAAUUUUUUUUCCCCCAUUUAAAAACAUUAAUAAAUUUUCGGGUUUGGGCGUUUUAGCCCUCUCUAAUGAAGAUCUGGCAGUGAAUAUGAACGAGAAAAACGAUUGGUUGUAUUUUUUUUUUUUAAAGUUGGGCCUAUCCUUAUUAAUUAGUAGUAAAAUAAGCCGAUUAUUUUUACUUUUAGUGCUAUAGUACAUAGGCUGAAAGUAGACCUAAUCAUAAAACCACUUUACACUAUGAUUAGGAUGAAUAUUAUAAUGCAAUUUUAAAAACAUUAAUGAUUUAUUCGAAAAAAAUUAUAAUUGAUUCAGAGUUACAACCACUGCAGCUAUUUAAAAUAGAAUGAUUGGUCAGAGCUUUAUAGGUUCAGCUUUGUUAUAAAUUCGCUCAGAGUCACAAGAAUAUUUAUUUUUAAACUUGAAAUCAUUAGACUAUGAUCAUAUAAUUUUAUAUCCAUCAGUCUUAUUUUGCAAGAACUGCUGUACGAAUAUUAGCCCCUCAAAGUAACAGAUGUACAAGAAUUGAUUCUGACAGUCAAGGAUCAGCCUUAUGCCAUUUUUCAACAGGUAAUUAAAACAUUGUUUGAGCUAAAUAUAAUUAUUAAGCCCUUUGAAUUUACUAUCAUUUGGCUAUUGCUUCCAUAAAUUUUUGUAUAAUAUGAAGACUCCAAAUAACAUGUAUGUUUCUCCACUGGCAACAUUUUUUUAUUUAAAUACUUUUGUUCACUCAAAAUUGUUGAGUAUUUUUAGUAUAAUUCUAUUAUUGUUUCAUAAGGUUCUAAAUUGCUGUCACCUGCCAAAGUACAAAAUCCUGCUCCAGAUUUUAAGGGCCAGGCGGUAGUGGAUGGUGCAUUUAAAGAAAUUAAGCUUUCAGAUUUUAAAGGAAAGUACCUUGUGCUUUUCUUCUAUCCAUUGGAUUUGUAAGUUAUUGCUUAUCACUCUUUAAUAUGUAGCAUUUUUCUUCAGUCAAAUUAUUUAUUAUUUAAACAAAGACAGUUAUUUUAAUGAAAAGCAUAUAUAAAAUUGGAAUUUAAUUAGGCCUGUGUUGUUGGGUGCUUUCAAAGAGUCUUUUCUUUUGAAAAUUAACUGAAGAAUAAAAUUUCAUUUUAUUUAUAACUAAAACUUUUUUAUUUAGCUUUUAUGUUUUAAUUUUAAUUGCUACACUUUCCCUGAUGUAAAAUGUAUGUAGUGACAUAAGAAUUAAUAUUAUUUCACAUAAUAAUUAAAAAAUAACCUUUCAAAAGAGUUUUUUUUUAAUGUUUUUUUUUUUUGUUUUACCAAAUUUUCUUUGCAUUUUUACAAUUUUUUUUUUGUUUAAAAACAAUACAAUUAAUUUUUCUUUUUGAAUUCUAUGUAUGUAGUGACAUAAGAAUUAAUAUUAUUUCACAUAAUAAUUAAAAAAUAACCUUUCAAAAGAGUUUUUUUUUAAUGUUUUUUUUUUUUUUGGUGUCACAAAUUUUCUUUGCAAUUUGACAACUCUUCUGUUGAUUAAAAACAAUACAAAUAAUAUUUCGUUUUGAAAUCCAACAGUACUUUUGUGUGUCCAACUGAAAUAAUUGCCUUCAGCGAUAACAUUGACAGAUUUAAAAAACUGGACACUGCUGUCAUAGGAGUAUCAACUGAUUCACAUUUCAGCCACUUGGCCUGGAUCAAUACUCCAAGAAAGGUUGGACCAAACAUAAUGGUUCCUAUCACUAUUACGCAAAAUUAUUUUUUAAAAUUUGUUACAACAUAAAAAGCACAUUUUUAACAUGCGAAAGGCGUAGGCAUAUUAAAAGUAAAUUGAUUGGAAUCAACAUUAUUUCAUUAUGUUUUUUCAGCAAGGUGGUUUAGGAGGAUUGAAAUAUCCACUUUUAUCUGACUUCAACAAAACCAUUAGCAGGGAUUAUGAAGUAUUAAUUGAAGACGCUGGUCUUGCUUUGAGGUAAAUAAAACUUUUAGCCAAUACUUUAAUUUCAUUGUUCACAGCAUUAUUUUACUUUUGGAAUGACACAUAGGUUUUUAAGUGUCACUAAAGUAGAUAAAUAGUUGUUAUGAUCAAUCUGUAGCUUAUUUUACUUGGUUUGAGCUCUUCAGAAGGUUGUCCUCACUGUUACUUUAGCAUCUCAACAGCCCUUGUGUCAGCCGCCCUGCUUCCUCCAGUGUCAUGUUUUGAUGUAGUAUUUUGAUGUCUUUAGUAAUACACCUUCCUGGACACUGUCUUUUCCUCCUUCUUGUUACAUAUCCCUCCAAGAUUAAUCUUUUUAGACUGCUGUGUCUGUUUGCUUCUUUUGAUGCUUUUCAUCAACAACUUUUCAUUUAUUUUCAAGUCUUUGUGCCUGCAUGAUAGUGAUAUGGCUUAGUAAAUUUUUUAAAAACAUUUUUAUUUGCAGAGGCCUUUUUAUUAUAGAUCCUAAAGGGAUUGUCAGACAAAUUACAAUAAAUGACCUGCCUGUUGGUCGUUCUGUUGAUGAAGUAAUUAGACUGAUUGAAGCCUUCAAAUUUACUGAUAUAUCUGGUGAAGGUAGGGCAUUUUCAUGUAAUGUUAUUGUGUGCUGUCUACUUGUUGGUUUUUGCUUAACUUAUUAUUUGUUAAAUUAUUAUGUAUUUAUUAAAAAAAAUGAAGUCUUUUGAAUAUUUUAAAAAACUUUACCUUUCCACCUGUACAGUUACACAAUAAUAGCAUAAUAUUAGUAACAGGUUUAUUGAAUGGGUACUUAUUUUCUUUUAAUUUUAUGAUCCAAAAGGAUCAAAGCCUCUUUAAUGUAACCUUAAAACGUUACUUAACAGCUUAGCUAAUUAGUUUACUACAUGCUGGUGGACAACUACAUUUUCAACUUAUUAGUUUAAAACUCUUUGCAAUUUGAAUAAAGAACUCCCUAUAUUUGUUUAUGUAAUUUUAUUUUAUACAAUAUUGAAGGUUAAAAUUAAAUCACUCAAUGACUUGAUAAGAAUGCUAACUUAUAGGUAUUGAAAAAAAUAAUUUCUAAAAUUCUUUGACCAUUUCAGUAUGUCCAGCCAAUUGGAAGCCAGAUUCUCCAACUAUCAAGCCAACACCCGAAGGAUCUAAAGAAUAUUUCAAAGACAGAUAACUUACAAGUUUCUCUCUUACCAAAAUUCUUGUUUGUUUGAAGACUUCUUCUAGAAACCUGGAGCCUUUAUGCUCAUUAGUUCUUGUUUAAUUUGUAAUUCUUCCAUUGAGAGUUUUAUGUCAACAAGAAAGAGUUCAAUGUAUUAUGUUACACAUAACGGUAACACAUUUGUCAAAAAAACUUCUGAUGUAAGUUAAAAUUAUGAAAGCCUCUGGUAGUGGCUUAGCAGCCACUUAUUUGUUGUCACUGCAAGCACGGCCAUUAAGAAGCAGUUGUAGCCCUCUGGCUUGUGCUGACAAGUAAUGUUGAAUGUCACAGCAACUAAAGUGUUUGAUUGCACUGUUUAAGUUGUGAUUGGCUAAACUUUAUUGCCUUAAAUUGUGAAUGUUUUGUAUGUACUAUUUAAUUUUCCCCAUAGAUUACUCCUAAUCAAAUUACAGAUUUUUGAGAUAUUUAAAGAUCACGAUUACAUAAUGUUGUUUGCUGUUAACAAAAGAAAUGGUCAAAUUUGAAAUUUUUCCCUCUCUUGUUUGUAACAGAAAAUGGACUUUGUAGUUAAAAAAUAAAAAGGAAUAAUUUAAAAAA